GGGGCAUUCAACUUUCAUUUUGGUAUGCCGGCUGGCAACAAUACGGUGUAUUAGUAAUGGUGGAUUUGUAAAGCGCAUGAGGAUAACAAUCCCAAUCUAAAUUAAUUAUAAUAAUUUUUUUUGUCUAAGUGUAUAAAGGCAAAAAUGGCCCCGAAACGGAAUAAUAUGAUACCUAAUGGCCAUUUCCACAAGGAUUGGCAAAGAUACGUAAAAACAUGGUUCAAUCAACCAAUGCGCAAAAAGAGGAGACAUGCUCAACGUGUUAAAAAAGCUCGUCUAAUCGCACCAAGACCAGCAGCGGGCCCUAUUCGUCCUGUAGUUCGUUGCCCAACUUUUCGGUAUCAUACAAAAGAGAGACUUGGACGUGGAUUUUCACUGGAAGAAUUGAAAGCAGCCGGAAUACAUAAAAAAGAAGCAAGAACGAUUGGAAUUGCUGUAGAUUUCAGGAGGAGAAACAAAAAUGUGGAAAGCCUACAAAAAAAUGUUCAGCGUCUUAAAGUUUAUAAAUCUAAGUUGAUACUAUUCCCACGAAAACUCUCCAAGCCCAAGAAGGGUGAUGCUACUGCUGAAGAAAUAAAGAUGGCAACUCAGUUGCAAGGAGUUGUUAUGCCUGUUAAGAAACACUUCAGGAGAGAAAAGGCCCGAGUACCAACUGAAGAAGAAAGAAAAUUCAAAGCAUUUGUCACAUUACGUGUAGCUAGAGCUGAUGCAAGAAUGUGGGGCAAGAGGCAGAAGAGGGCUAAGGAAGCAGCCGAAAGCUUGGAAGCUCCUAAAAAGAUAAAAUGAGAACUUUUAUUUUGAAUAAAAUUGGUUCAGUUAUUAU